UGACGGUGCGGCUGUAAACUGCUGCCUUCCGGGUGUUGGAUGCGGCUGAAGUGUGAAACUGGGUCAAUGAGGCCGUGUUUUGUGUUCCGCUUGCUUGUCUUUUCCGUUGUCCUUUCCAUCUCGGAAACUUCCCAGCCGCACAUCAUCUUCGUUCUGGCCGACGAUUAUGGCUGGAACGAUAUCGGGUACCACGGCUCUCAGAUCCGAACGCCGGUUCUGGACAAGCUCUCAGCUCAGGGGGUCAGGCUGGAAAACUACUAUGUCCAGCCCCUGUGUACACCUUCACGCAGCCAGUUACUGACCGGCAGGUACCAGAUUCACACAGGUUUACAACAUGAAAUUAUCUGGCCUUGUCAACCAUACUGCCUCCCGUUGGAUGAAAAGCUGCUGCCUCAACUACUCAAGGAGGUCGGGUACAGUACGCACAUGAUAGGCAAGUGGCACUUGGGUAUGUACAAGAAGGAGUGCCACCCAACGCAGAGAGGAUUUGAUUCUUUUUUUGGUUACUUGUUGGGCAGUGAGGAUUAUUACACCCACAAGCGUUGUUAUUUCAUUGAGAAGCUAAAUGUCACUCGCUGUGCACUGGAUUUGCGCAACGGGGAAGAACCUGCUGCUGAAUAUACAAACAUAUAUUCAACCCAUUUAUUUACAAGGAAAACCAUUGAUCUUCUAUCUAAACAUGACCCUGCAAAGCCUCUAUUUCUGUACUUGCCCUUCCAGUCUGUUCAUGUACCACUCCAAGUGCCUGAGGAGUACAUGAAGCCAUACAGUUUUAUCCAUGAUGAGGCUCGACGCCAGUAUGCAGGAAUGGUGUCCAUGAUGGAUGAAGCUGUGGGGAACAUCACUCACGCUCUGCACAAGUAUGGAUUCUGGAAUAAUAGUGUCUUAAUCUUUUCCACAGACAAUGGAGGACAGACCUUGGGAGGUGGAAAUAACUGGCCUCUGCGAGGACGCAAGUGGACACUGUGGGAAGGAGGUGUCCGAGGCGUGGGUUUUGUCACUAGCCCCCUGCUAAAGUGGAAGGGCAGAGUAAAUCAUGAACUCAUUCACAUCUCUGACUGGCUCCCUACGUUAGUGACUUUGGCCAAAGGAACCACUAAAGGCACCAAACCACUGGAUGGCUUUGACAUGUGGAAAACCAUCAGUGAAGGACAUCCCUCACCCAGAACUGAAUUGCUGCACAACAUUGAUUCGUUGUUUGUUGAUAAUUCUCCAUGUCCCGUUUUGUCCAAACAAAAUGCUACCUCCGGUGUUGAACUGACAAAGUGGCAGAAUUCCACCUUUAAUGUGUCCAUUCAUUCUGCAAUCCGAUCUGGGAACUGGAAGCUGUUAACUGGAUAUCCUGGCUGCAGUUACUGGUUUCCACCACCAUCAUUGUCCAAACAAAUGCAGCCGCUAUCAGCAGACCCACCGAAGAAAAACGUUUGGCUUUUUAACAUUGCAGCUGAUCCAGAGGAGCGAGUUGACCUUUCAGACAAAUAUCCCAGCAUUGUUGAGAAGUUACUGUCAAGACUUCAAUACUAUCAGGACAGUGCCGUGCCUAUCACUUACCCAGCGGAAGAUCCGAAGUGCGAUCCUGGCAAGGAUGGGGUUUGGGGGCCUUGGGCCUAGGAGCCAAGUUUGAUUGAUUAAAACUAAUAAUGUUUA